AUGCACCUGCAACUCGACAGGACGUUUGGAUCAUCAUCACUCCUACUGUUUGCAUGUUUCCUAGUAAUUUCCCUGUCGUAUCUAGGCUUCAACAGAAAACGAAGAGGGAUCAUUCUACUACGUCUACAGUUCUACAAACGACGGACCUCCGGUGCGAACACCCCGCCUCGAUCUAUUAGGCCUGAGAAAGCCUUCAGUACUCAAGAACUGUCGUAUAAAAACGUGUUCCCGCCACAGCGUCGGGAGACGUUAGGCCAGAUAGGAAACGAACUCCUCGUCAACUUGAAGAAGCCCAUCGCCGGGAUUGUCGCUCUGAAGGACGUCGCAUCGAACACGACAUGUGUUCCUCUCGAGACCUCUAUCUGGGACACGAACGAGGUCAUUUGCACACCGACAGGAUUCUCUUCCGACGAGAUCAAAGCCCUCGGUGACUUUCCAGACUAUGCUACGCUCAGCGGCGUCUCACUCCCGGCUCCGUACCCAGAGUUCGACAUCGACAAGGCACUUCCAAGACCUUAUCGCCCGUUUCGAUGGCCGUAUCAUCAAACUAUGUCCCUAAUGAAAAUGGAGAACAACUGGUGGAUCGAACUCGAACACGAAUACGCGUCCAAAAUAUCUCAGCGUCAGAAACUCGUCGCGGAGCACGGUAAGAACGUACUAGACUACCUCCCUGGCUCUGAACUCGCAUGCAAAGAGCUCAUGGAGAUGGUGUUACAAUUUCUAUGUGCGCGUUACCCGCACUACUUCAGUCUCGAUGUGCUAAACAUGACUUUUCACAACGACAUCCUUCGUACUAAGGCUGAUCUGAGAUCUGAGCACCCCUUGCAUGUCUUGUUGAACCACGUCCCGGAGGAUUUCGCUAUUACACUCCGAGAUCCCGAAACUGGUCACUACUAUUUCCGCGCUGGGGUCAUUUGCUCCAGUCUCGGCUGGAACGUAGCGAGUAAAAUCGGGCUUCGUCUGGAUGAAAUUCAUCAGCCGAUUCCGGAUUAUAAGGAGAAGAUGCAGUUUUCUAUGGAUCGGUACUUCGCUAGGAAACCCACGGACAGGCCGAUUCAACGGGGUUCUUGGGGCCUAGAAGUCGAUACUCCUCUCUACAUGCCUCCCGGCGACCCUCACGAAAUCUACCGCGAUAUCCAAGACCCCACAAUCACUCUCUCGCGCUGCCACCUUCGCGUGGACUGGCAGACCCUCCGCCGUCUCCCCCUAUCCGCAGGCAUAGUAUUCAAUUUCAAAGCAUUAUUUACCCCAAUUGAGGCGCUAAGAGACGAGCCGCGCGUGCCGCUGUUGCUCUUGAAGGUGCUAGAAGAGGGCAAAGAGAGCCUUAUGAAGUAUAAAAAUUCAUGGCAUGUCGAGCAUGUCGUGUGUCCGGCGCUAAGGGAGUGGAGCGCAGAACAGGCCAGGAAUGGCAAGAUUGAGCAAGGAUGGGAGGUGCAUACGUUGGAGGAGAGUCCGUGGUUCGAGGGGUGGAAGGAGAAAUGGAAGAGGCAGCAGGGGUUUUGA